AUGGGCGUGUUCGACACCAUUCGCGGUCGUGAUGAUGACAGCAAACUGACUAGAGCAGUCGUCGAUACCCAGAACAUCUCAGAUCCAGCGAGUAAUAAUGAUCAAACUGCCACUGGUCCAGACUCCAUCGAAGAUGGCACCGAGUCUCAUGGCAAAUCUGAGCCUUCCGAUGGGACCGAUGGGGUGGACUACGAUGAAAAGUUAACCGAACUUGAUCCGGCUCAUGUCACCCACCAGAUUGAUUUGGGUCAACAAAAGGCCGAAGCCGUGGCUCUGGUUUGGAGCCGGCCCGUUGCGUUCAUGAUCUAUGCAUGGAUCUGGGUUUGUUUCUUCAUGCUGGCUUUGCACUCAUCGAUCUGCAGCAACCUUAUCCCCUUCGUCUUCUCGGACUUUGAUCUCGCACCCCAAGUCAGCACCGCAUACAUUCUAUCCGCAAUCAUCGGCGGGGUUCUGAAAUUGCCGCUGGGUAAAACAUUGCAGUUGUGGGGUCGCGCAGAGGCUCUCAUCUUUUCGACUACCAUUUAUAUACUGGGGAUGAUUGUUUUGGCUACUUGUAAUGGGGCCGAUUCAUUCGCAGCUGGAUAUGUUCUUUACUGGGUCGGGUAUAAUUGUUUAUAUCUGAUCCUGGAUAUUUAUGUCGCCGAUACCUCUGGGAUGCGCUCUCGUGCAUUUGCAUUUGCAUUUGCAACGACACCAUUCAUCUGUACUGCUUUCACUGGGCCUCUCGCAGCUACUUCUAUUCGAGCUAAUUUAGGCUGGCGAUGGGGCUUCGGAAUAUUUUGCAUCAUCCAGCCGGUGGUAUUCUGUCCCUUGGCAUUCGUCUUCAAAUAUUACGAGUCUAAGGCGAGUCGAAUGGGUGUUUGGAGACGCAGGCCCAGUGGGCGCACGAAGAUUCAAUCCAUAAUCCACUACAUCCAUGAGUUCGAUGUGAUCGGCGCAUUCUUGCUGAUGGCCGCUUGGGUGCUUUUUCUCCUUCCAUUUAGUAUGGCCCAGUAUGGUCGCGCUCAGUACAAAAGUGCCAGCUUUAUAGCCAUGGUGGUUAUCGGAUUCUGCACACUAUUCGUCUUCGCAGCAUGGGAGAAAUGGGGUGCCCGUACCCACUUUAUUCGAUAUGAACUACUCCGGAAGCCUACUGUUAUUGGUGCAUGUGCCUGCUCUGCCAUCCUCUAUUUCAGCUUCUACCUAUGGGACCAGUAUUUUUUCAAUUUUGUGAGCAUCACUUACGACCUCGACUCCACCAUCACAGGUUACAUGUCACAAAUCUACAACGUGGGCUCCUGCUUCUGGUCUCCAAUUAUCGGUCUAGUUAUCUGGCGGACCCGGCGGUUCAAGUAUAUUUGCUUGUUCUUUGGUGUUCCCUUGAUGAUCUUAGGCUCUGGUUUGAUGAUCUACUUCCGUGGAGAAAAUCAUGGGAUCGGCUUCUUGGUCAUGUGUCAGAUCUUUAUUGCCUUCGCUGGCGGUACCCUGGUGAUCGGCGAGGAUAUGGCUGUCAUGGCCAGUGCAGGUCGUGAGGGCACCCCUAUAAUGCUAGCUUUGGUUGGCUUAUCAUCAAGCAUCGGUGGUGCGAUCGGGUAUGCCGUCUGCAUCGCAAUCUACAAUAAUGUCUUCGUGGAGGCUCUGAGAAGUCAAUUGCCAAAUGACCUGAGGGCCAACGCGACCCAUAUUUAUACUGCUGGAAUUAUAUCCCAAAAAAGCUAUCCUGUGGGGUCUCCAAUACGCGAAGCAGUUAAUUAUGCCUGGAGUUAUUCCCAGAAGAUGAACUGCAUUGCCUCAACCUGCGUCCUAGUCUUGCUAAUCCCGGCGGUCGCGGUAUGGAAGAAUUACGACGUCGGAAAGAAGCAGAACAAGGGAACGAUGGCUUUCAACUAA